ACAUCCAUCAAAUACACGUUUAUAUGUCCUUUACAGAAUAAACAAAGCGCCCGGGGCCGUCAUAUGAUUCUUACCUAAGUUACGCUUGGGCAGUUAUGUGUUAGCCUAUAGCUAAUGUAUAACGCAUUAUCCAAGCGGCGCAUAUAGGGAAUUAACACCAAGUCUAUCUCUAACCUACCUAUAAUGUCUCCUGUUGGUGUACACGAUAGAUACGUAUCGCUAAGGACAGUUGUCCUGUGUUUGAUCGGAGCUACUUUGGCCCUAUCUAUCGAUUACCCAUUCCGGAACAUCUCGUUGCCAUGGGAUGUACGAGUUGACGAUUUGGUUGGACGUUUGACCCUUGAGGAGAUUAUGACACAGAUGAGUAAGGGAGGUUCAGGACCUAAGGGAGGACCUGCUCCACCUAUAGAUCGACUUGGUGUAGGGACAUAUAGUUGGAACACGGAAUGCCUACGCGGUGACGGGAGCUCGGGGAACGCAACAUCCUUCCCACAAGCCCUCGGGCUAGCCGCCACAUUCAGCACUGACGUCAUAUAUGACGUAGCGGAAGCGACUGGUGUGGAGGUUCGCGCCAAGUACAACGACUAUCGGAAACAUCAACAGUACGGGGACCACAAAGGGGCGAGCUGUUUUAGUCCUGUCAUCAACAUCAUGCGGCACCCCUUGUGGGGACGGAACCAGGAGACAUAUGGUGAGGACCCCUACCUUAGCGGAGUGCUUGCAACACAUUUUGUGAACGGUCUGCAGGGCCGCAAUCCCACGUACAUAAGAGUCAAUUCAGGAUGUAAACAUCUCGAUGUCUACGGCGGGCCAGAAAACAUACCUGUAUCGCGAUUCUCAUUUGAUGCACAGGUAAGCGAACGUGAUUGGCGUCUAACCUUCCUUCCAGCAUUCAGACGCUGUGUAGAGGCGGGGACCUACAGUUUUAUGUGCAGUUUUAACAGAAUCAAUGGCGUCCCAGCCUGUGGCAAUAAGCGCCUCCUGACGGACAUACUGCGGAAGGAGUGGGGGUUCAAAGGUUACGUAGUGAGUGACCAGGCGGCCAUAGAGAACAUCAUAGACUUCCACCAUUACCUCAACAAUACCGUAGACACGGUAGCUCUGUGUGUAAAUGCUGGCUGUAAUCUAGAAUUGUCCACUAACUUAGCAAAGCCCAUCUACUUUUCGAUGAUUGAAGCGAUCAAAGCUAAGAAACUGACCGAGGCCAUUGUCCGUGAAAGCGUAAAGCCGCUGUUUUAUACUAGGAUGAGACUGGGGGAGUUUGACCCACCCACAUAUAACCCGUACUAUUAUUUGGAUCUGUCAUAUAUCCAAAGUCCGGAACAUCGAAUGAUUUCACUAAAGGCUGCCAUGAAAUCGUUUGUUUUAUUGAAAAAUACCAACAACUUGCUACCAUUCACUCGAAUAUUCAGCACUGUAGCGGUAGUUGGACCGAUGGCGGACAACAUGUACCAACUGUUCGGCACCUACAGUGCUGACGCUAGUCGUCAAUACACUACCACACCUCUCUACGGACUAAAACGUCUGGCAAAGUCAACGAACUACGGUCAAGGGUGUCGGGACAACAAGUGCGUCAACUACAACGCCACACAGGUCAAAACCGCUGUGACGAAUGCCGAGGCGGUCUUCGUCUGUCUUGGAACAGGGCAAGAACUCGAAGGCGAAGAUAACGACAGAAGCAGUAUGGACCUACCAGGAAAACAAUUGAAGCUUCUGCAAGAUGCUGUUAAUUACUCAGGGACCGCACCGGUCAUAUUGCUCCUCUUCAACGCCGGUCCCCUGAACAUUACCUGGGCUGAGCAGAGCAGUCGUGUUGGUGCCAUACUGGAAUGUUUUUUCCCCGCUCAGGCAGCAGGAGAGGCCAUCUUUCGAGUCCUUACCAACAAUGGCGAAAACAGCAACCCAGCAGGCAGACUACCAUUUACAUGGCCACUUAAUGCUAAUGAGGUUCCUUCUAUAACUAACUAUACGAUGGAUGGAAGAACUUACAGGUAUUACAAGGGCGACCCUCUUUAUCCUUUUGGAUUUGGUUUGUCCUACGCCGAAUUCCAUUAUUAUGACGCAUGGCUGUCGCCUCUGAUUCAAGCAGGCAAACCGGUUGGUGUGAGAGUCGAGGUUGGGAACAACGGACCGCAUGAUGGAGAUGAGGUGAUACAAAUAUAUCUGGAGUGGAUAACGACGAAAAUGAAAAUGCCCAAAUUACAACUUGUUGCGUUCCAACGAGUCUUUAUCAAAGCUAGAGACAAAUUUAAUUAUACCCUCGAGAUAAAUCCACGUGAUAUGGCUGUAUGGACAGGAAAAGAAUUUAUUAUCGAAGCAGGAAAAAUGAGGAUAUAUAUUGGUGGACAACAACCUAACCAACAAAAACGCAUAUCAUCAAAUAUACUUGUGAGGGAAUUCGAAAUUAUUAAUUCAAAACGUGUAGUUUAGUAUUAUGUUCAUUAACUUUAAACGUCAUUGCAUCACUUAAACAUAUACUAAUAAUUUACAUACAUGUAAUAAUUUCAACAAAUACUAAGAAAAAACAUGAUUUAGAAUCUUUUAAUAAUUGCUUUCUGUAUGAUUGGUUGAUACAACCCAAGGAUGUAUUACAAAGUAUAUUAAACAUUAACAGUGUUAAAAGUAGAUAACUAAGCACACACGCAAUUUUAAAUUUCACUAAACCAUCCACCUUUGCACGAGACAAUUUCCUUUAUUGUUAAGAACAAUAAAUUACUACAAUGAUUUGACUUUACAAAGCGUACGUCAUUUUUUAUUUCGAACUUAUGUCUGAAAUAUGUUCCUUAUAUACAGAAAUAUUAAUGAUAAAAUAUUGGCUUUUGUCGUACCUAAAAGUAGAACUCUUUUAGCAAGGGAUGAUUGGUUACAGCGUUUGUUUACACGAUCAAGGAUGUUUUUAAAAAACUGGAGGUUUGUUUUUUUAAAUUAUGAAAUGAAGUAAUAAGAGACAAAUAUGAAGACCGAUCAUAUCAGUGGUUUGGGUAUUUCUGCUUGCAAGUUCAACAAAAACAAAGAUUAAAUUGUUAAGUUAAGUAUUGGUUGAAGUGCAUUUCAUGUCCUGAAUAUAUCUAGACGUUUGUCGUCUGGGAAAUCACAGAAAAUCAUGACACAGCAACAACUGUAUCUCAUAUGACGUCGCAAAGCAUUGUGACGGUAAAUUUUGUGCAGUCCAAGUUCAUACAAAUAUCCCGUAUAUUAAACCAUGAAAACGCCUCCAUCUUGUCGACAUUCAGGUCACCAAUUUCUUAUUUACCCAAUGUCUCGAGAGUUAUGUCAACUACAGUACUUUUUAGACAUAACUUUGUAAGCUGUUUUCAAUAUUCGUCAUUGCAUUUAUUGGACGUAAUAGUCUAAAACGACUGUGUUAACAGCCCCAAAUAAGAUAUUCCUUGAUGGACGGAGGCGACAAUAUUCGUAUUGAAUACUGCAUACACUAUACUACCCUAUAUUGAUAAUAUAUAAAAAGUAUGUAUAUAAAAAAUAGAAUAUCUGAUUGAUAGAAACAACGGCAGAAUAAACGUAAAAAGCACCUUAUAAAUUAAUAAAAUUGAGCAAAACAAACGGUAUUCACAAACAAGCAAACACGAUACUACCCAUCUAAAUAUCAAUCAAAAUACCGAGUAUGGUUCACUUUGUGUGUGUGUUUUCAUCCAUUACAAAAUGAAGCAAUAAUACUGAUUAAAAAGUUAUCACAGACAAGAUAUCAAGUGGUAAAACACAGAAAAGAUAGUAGUAUCACAUUU